UCCAACGUCUUUUCCAUGUUCGAGCAAGCCCAGAUCCAGGAGUUCAAGGAAGCCUUCAGCUGCAUCGACCAGAACCGGGACGGCAUCAUUUGCAAGUCAGACCUUCGAGAGACCUACUCCCAGCUUGGGAAGGUGAAUGUUCCAGAAGAGGAGCUGGAUGCCAUGCUGCAGGAAGGGAAGGGGCCCAUCAACUUCACAGUCUUCCUCACACUGUUUGGGGAGAAGCUCAAUGGGACAGACCCUGAGGAAGCCAUCCUGAGUGCCUUCCGCCUGUUCGACCCCAGUGGCAAGGGCGUGGUGAACAAGGAUGAGUUCAAACAGCUUCUCCUGACCCAGGCAGACAAGUUCUCUCCAGCUGAGGUGGAGCAGAUGUUUGCCUUGACGCCCAUGGACCUGGCCGGAAACAUCGACUACAAGUCCCUGUGCUACAUCAUCACCCACGGGGACGAGAAGGAGGAGUGA